AUGACUGAAUUAACCUGGGUGCAAGAAUACGUCAAGGAUCCUUUCCACAGACUCAAGUGGGGGUUCUUGCCAGUGAGAAGAGUCGUGGACGAAGAGCUCCCAGAAGAGGUUUCGAAAGUAGGCGAAUUCAAGGAAGAUUUGCAAGCUGGCAAGUACGAUCAGAAUGAAAUUGACAUUGCGCUUGACGAUGUGGAGUACCGGGACGAGGCCAACCGUAAGUGGUACAAGUUUUUCGAUGAGUACGAAUACAGACUCAAUAAGAAGGCGAGAAGCAACCACAAGUGGUACAAAUGGUUUGACGAGAACGACACUCCCGCAGAGCGGAAGUUGAUGUGGAAGAUCGAUGUCUUAUUGACCUUCUAUGCAUUCUUGGCAUAUUGGAUCAAGUAUUUGGACCAGACCAAUUUGAAUAAUGCCUAUGUUGCAGGUCUCAAGGAAGACCUCAAGAUGAAGGGAAAUGAUUUGGUCAACACUCAAGUUGUGUUCAAUAUCGGAAACAUCGUGUUCCAGAUUCCCUUCAUGUAUAUCUUGUACGGGUUACCAUUGAAUUACGUGUUGCCGUCUCUUGAACUUGCGUGGUCUAUUUUGACUGUAUGCACUUACAAAGUCAACACCGUAGCACAGUUAAAGGCAAUUCGAUUCUUUAUUGGGUCCUUCGAAGCUCCUGCCUACUUGGCAUACCAAUACUUAUUUGGUUCAUUUAUCUUUAACCCGGCCAUGAUUGCCAGAAGGUCGAUGUUUUACUAUUUCGGACAGUAUCUUGGAGUCAUGACAUCCGGAUUGCUCUCGGGUGCUAUUGUCCGCUCUUUUGAGGGUGUGGGUGGUCUUGCAGCGUGGCGGUGGAUUUUUAUAAUUGAUGGCAUAAUCUCCAUAGCUAUCGCGAUCCUCGGAUUUUACAUGCUUCCAGGAACUCCAACAGAUUGUUACUCGAUCUUUUUCACAGAUGAUGAGAUCAGAUUGUUGAGAAGAAGAUUAAAGCAGAACCAUACUGCAGGAAGACCACAGGUUGACGUUUUGAAGUCGUUAUUCUCCAAGGAAACAUGGAGGAAGAUUAUUUUCUCGUGGGAGUUCUACGUUUUGACGAUUUGGAAUAUGCUUUGCUGGAACAACAGCAAUGGCGCGUCGGGUGCUUACAUUUUAUGGCUCCGGUCCGAGAACAAGUAUUCUAAAGGACGAGUUCAGGAUUUGAGUGCGUUGACUCCAGGUCUCGGAUUGCUUUGGUUGGCGUUGACAUGUUUCUACGCCGACUUGUUCCAGCUGAGAUGGCGAGCCAUAUGGCUUUCGCAAGCGUUCAACAUCACUGGUAAUGUAUUAUUGGCAGUUUGGCACAUUCCUAACAACGCCAAGUGGUUUGCAUGGUGUUUGCAAUAUUUCGGAUGGGCCAUGGCACCGGUGUUGUAUUCGUGGCAGAAUGAUAUCUGCCGGCGAGAUGCACAGAAGCGUGCUGUUAUUUUGGUAGUGAUGAACAUGUUGGCGCAAUCAUCUACGGCAUGGAUGGCGGUGAUUGUGUGGAGAACAGUGGAAUCGCCACGAUUUUUGAAAGGUUACUCGUUCACAGCCACCAGUGCGUUCUGCUUAUGUCUCUGGACAUUGUUGGUGUUGUGGUUCUACAAGCGUCAAGAGAAGUCCUUUGCACGCCAGAAUGGAAUUGUGUUGUGGAACUCUAAGACGGACCCAGCGCCAGAGGCGGAUCCCGUGCCAAAAACGGCCGCAGAGAUCAACAGCAGUGACAGUUUGACCAGCGAGUCCGACGAUAAGUCAAAGCGAGUUGAAGAGGAACAUACGUAUGAAGCUAAGUAG